CUAAGAGGCGAGGAGAUGCGCGCUUGUUGAGUGGGUGUGCGCCAUCUAUUGGCCGGCGGCGGCCGCCUCUCGUGGUGUUCAUAGUCUGUGAUUCUGCACUAGUGAAUGGAGAUACCGACACCCAAAAUUCACUUUCGUAAAUUGCUCAGUUAAAUACCCCAAAGUGGAUGUAUGGUUAGGGCUGUGGCAUCUGGUCGUGCCACUGGGUGAGGGAAAGGCCCGCACCGGUGCCACACGACAGCGCUAUGACCAUCGCUAUGAUAGCCAAUCAGGACCCACAGGAGGGGCCACCUAACACCCCACCACAGGGUGGGGAUGGAGAAGUGUUGGGUGAAGGGGAGGGGGAGGAUUUGGGUGGUGGGGAACCGGACUUUCCCCUGGCUGACUUGGCCCGACUAGACGAGAUGAUCCACCGUCAAAGAUGGGUGGUUCCAGUCUUGCCCAAGUGCGAACUGGAACUGUUGCUCGAAGCCUCCAUCGAUCUAUGUACACGGGGUGUAGAUACAAGGAGUGAAGCAUGUCAGAGAUUCUUCAGGGAAGGGUUGACAAUUUCUUUUACUAAAAUUCUCACUGAUGAGGCUGUGAACAGCUGGAAGUUUGAAAUUCAUAGAUGCAUCCUAAAGAACUGUGAGAAGUUAAUAGAAUUAGUUGUAGUGAAACUGCACCAGGACUGGUUUCCUUUACUUGACCUUCUUGCCAUGGUGCUCAGCCCUAAUUCCAAGUUUCAUACGUUUAAUGGAACACGCCCUUCAGAAACAGUACCACAGGGGUCACAGAUCCCAGACUAUGAACUGUUUGCCCGACCACCUGAUCCCAGAAAUCCCAGAGGUUGGCUGGUCGACCUUAUCAACCUUUUUGGCAAGCUUGGUGGCUUUCAGAUCCUCCUAGAAAGAUUUCAGUCGGGCAAGAAUCUUUCUGUUCCUGUAAUAUGUGCACUCUUACGACCAUUUGGCCUCUGCUUUGAGAUGCUCACAGUACCUACUAUAGAGAAAUACUUCAUGCCUAUUGUAGAGGUAGUUCCAGCCUUUCUAGAGAAUCUUACUGAUGAAGAGUUGAAGAAAGAGGCCAAGAAUGAAGCCAAAAAUGACGCGCUUUCUGCCAUCAUCAAAGCCAUAAAGUGCCUGGUAUCCCGAGUGCCCAGUCAAGAAGAGACUGCCAAAAAUCUUGAGAUUUUUAGACUAAAAAUGAUACUCAGGUUAUUGCAAAUUUCAUCCUUCAAUGGGAAGAUGAAUGCCUUGAAUGAGGUAAAUAAGGUGAUCACAAACGUGUCCUAUUACUCACAUCGUCAUGGACCUGUUGAAGAGGAAGAAUGGUUAACUGCAGAACGCAUGGCGGAGUGGAUCAAGGAAAACCGUGUACUGCAGAUAGUGCUUAGAGAUUCCCUUCACCAACCGCAGUAUGUUGAGAAGUUAGAAAAGAUUAUACGCUUCAUCAUCAAGGAAAAAGCUUUGACACUGGAGGAUUUAGAUGACAUCUGGGCAGCACAGCAUGGAAAACAUGAAGCUAUUGUUAAAAAUGUUCAUGACCUCUUGGCCAAGCUUGCAUGGGAUUUUUCACCCGAGCAGCUGGAUCACUUAUUUGGGUGCUUUCAGACUAGCUGGAGCCAGGCAAGUAAAAAACAACGUGAGAAGCUCCUAGAGUUAAUACGCAGGUUAGCAGAAGAUGACAAAGAUGGAGUUAUGGCACAUAAGGUUUUAACACUACUGUGGUCAUUAGCCCAUUCAGAUGACGUACCAACAGAGAUAAUGGACCAGGCCCUAAAUGCUCACGUGAAGAUUUUGGAUUAUUCCUGCUCGCAGGACCGAGACAUUCAGAAGAAACACUGGCUUGACCGAUGUGUUGAGGAACUCAAGCAUGACAAAUGGGUGCUUCCUGCUCUAAAGCAGAUACGAGAAAUAUGUUGUUCCUAUAGUGAAGCACCGCCCAAUUUUUCGCAGCAUCAGCGCCCUACUCCACAUGUCAGCUACCGUCAUGAUAUCAUCUCCAAACUCCAAAAUCAGCAUUCUCUUGUGGUUCUUGUAGCUGAUAAUCUCACAACUUAUAUGAAGAAUAUUAGAAUAGCUGCAAAAGAAAAUCCCGACCUGAAUCCAGCGGAUAUUAUUCCUGAUCGGCGAUAUAACCAUAUAUACCAAGUUCAGGAGCGACUUAGUUUUCUUAGGUUUUUACUAAAGGAUGGUCAGUUAUGGCUGUGUGCACCCCAGGCCAAGCAGAUUUGGAACUGUCUAGCGGAGAGUGCUGUAUUUACUGUAGAUAGAGAGUCGUGUUUCAAAUGGUUUUCCAAGUUAAUGGGUGAUGAGCCAGACCUUGACCCUGAAAUCAACAAGGAUUUUUUUGAAAACAACAUUUUGCUGCUUGACCCAUCGUUGUUGACCGAGAAUGGCAUGAAAUGUUUUGAUCGGUUCUUUAAAGCUGUUAACUCCAAAGAAGGAAAACUGGUUCUGAAAAGGAGAGUUUACCUUAUGGACGAUGAUGACCUUAUAGGUGUAGAUUAUGUCUGGCGAGUAGUAUUGUGUGGGACGGAAGAUAUUGCAUGCCGUGCCAUUGAACUAUUGCGAGAGACGUACACAAAUCUUGGGCCAAGGCUUCAAGCCAAUCAGGUCAUCAUACAUGAUGACUUCCUCUCAAGUUGUAUGUCUCGGCUUAAGGCAAUGUAUGACACUGUAUCAGUGUUAGAUCAAGAUAAGGAUUCUAUUAAUAGAGUUCGGCAAGAAACUACAAGAAUGUGUCGGGUCAUUAAAGUUUUAUACGAAUAUGUUUCGGAGUGUGAUGGUGACUUUGGUGACGACAGAUCUAUUCUACCUCUUGGAAGAGCAUCAAGAGGGAAGCAUUUGUCACUUUUGGUGAGGUUUCCUGUACAAGGUCGGCAGCCGGAUGAGAUUGAUGUAUGGACUCACACAAAUGACACGAUGGGCUCUAUAAGAAGACAAGUACUUCACCGGUUGAAAUCUACUGCUCCGAAUGUAAAAGUAGAGCUUUACUUGAACACAGAUCCAAUAGACCCUCUGGAUGACAAAAAGAUCAUUGCUCACAUGCCUCUCAGAGAUAAAAUGAUAUUAACAGCCAAGCUUGUUCAGGUGGGAAGCAAUAUGCCAUCGUCCCCAGACAGCUCUUCGGACUCUUCAACGGGCUCUCCUCAGCACCCAUAUGAAGGACCUAAUGUAGAAGCUGAAAAUUGUCUUCCUGGUGUUAUAAUGUCCGGUCAAGCCAAAUACACGCAGUUUCUUCUUCAGUUAGCUGACCUUGGCUGCACCUUACAGUUAGCACAGUUAAGGGACAGUGCACGGGCACUGCUCAACAUCAUGCCAGCUGACCAGUAUGCCGCUAAUAAUCUCCGGAAAAUCUGUAUGGAGCACGCAAAGAUUGGGGAGCAGAGCAUGGCACCUUCAUUGGAGAGCAUUGUGUUUUCAUCAUCGCCAUCACAGGUUCUCUACAAUUUACAGGUACUCUACUCCCUUUUAAUGCCCGCUCACAACCCCAUGGCAGAGAAGGCACUAGAGUUCCAGUAUAAUUUCAUGAAGAGUGGAGGUGUCAAACUCAUUAUUGACAUGCUAGCCAAAAACAACUUCCUGUCAAAUACUGACAUGCCAACAAAACGGUCAGCCUUCUUGGUGGUGUUGAAGUUGGCAAAAUUGGCAUUUGUGACAGUAGGUUACGCUAUUGUAAGUGUUGUCACGUCUAGCAAUACGACCACCACCACGAACAGUAAUGGUGGAACUGAAGACAUAUCGCCGCCUUCAACUGGUACGAGUAACUUGUCAGCCUCGACUCAUACUCAAGCUCUAGUGCUACAAGAAGCUCUCCACCAUAUUCCCAACCCUGCCUCAGAUUGUAUGGUGCGCAAUGUGGCAUCCCGUCUGGCUCAGUCACUUCACGACCAGGUCACUAUCACGUCAUGCCUCUGGGCACACUUUGUUACAGGUGUAGUUCCGGAUAUGAGUGUUGUUAGAUCUAUUCUCAAAAUAACGUGGGCGUCGGCGGCAGGACAAGUCCAUCUUAUAACAUCGUCUCUCGAUGAAAUUGAGAAAGCAUCCGAACGGCCACCAACUAAACCGCCCGAUCCCGAGGACUUGCAAGUGUGUCGCGAAGGUUUGGAAACAUUGUCUGUGGUGUUGGCCCUUUACCCUCCUGCCUUGGAGACUCUGACCAAGGACUCUCAGUUCCACAAGCUGGUGAUGGGGUUGGUGCUAGUGGGCGGGGAGCGGAGUAUUCGACAGUGUGCGGUGGAACAGUUGUUGCUGAUGGCCACCAAGUGUUCCAAUUCCCCUCACACCCUUGUGGUCUUCAUUGUCAUGCUCUUCAAUGUUCUUAAUGGCCUUAAUGGCGAGUAUUCCAAGGAGUAUUUCCAGUUGCUGUGUGGAUUGUUGAACUGGGCGUGUGUGUCAAGCGUGGCUGUGACGGGCGUUGAUCGCCUGUUGACGACAGAAGUGGAAUGGUUGAAGAAUGUGCGAGCCAGUGUAGCUCAGAUGGCCCAAGGUGGCCCAGAGCCCCCUGUAGAUGACACACUACUGGAGGGCCAUUUGUGUGUCACACGGGAGCUGGUAGCCUUCCUUCCACCUGAGAAGAAAUACGAAAUUGGUGGAGACCCUUCUAAAUCAAUAUUUCUAAUUAAGGAACUUGUAGAAGACUUUAUAUUCCCAUUUUCUAAGGUGUACCUUCAAUUGGAGCAUGCGGCCGAGAUGCCUGCUGAGCAGGCCAUACCAGUGUGCUCAACUCAACCAACUGUGAUAGCAGCAUAUGAACUCCUAGUCACUCUAUGUACAGGCUGUGUUCCCAACCUCAAACUUUUAGCAGAAAUGCUCACAAAUAUGUAUUAUUCAGAUUGUGAUGAAAGCAUUGGGGAAUGGGAAUACCUUCCUCCAGUCGGCCCUCGGCCUGUGAAAGGGUUUGUAGGGCUGAAAAAUGCUGGGGCCACUUGUUACAUGAAUUCUGUCCUACAGCAGCUCUAUAUGAUAAGACAAAUAAGGCAUGGUGUAUUACUAGUAGAAGGUGCAGCAACAGAUCCCGAGGAAGACUUCAGCGGAGAAGAGAGAAUGGAGCAAGAGACUAAUCUUGAUGGAAAUGAGGAUGAUGCAAUGAGCAGCAGUUCAAAUGAGGAAAGCAGAAAAGAAUACCACAUAGGAAUUCUCAAGCAGGUGCAGGCCAUCUUUGCACAUUUAGCUUGCUCUAAACUUCAGUACUAUGUUCCCAGAGGUCUCUGGAAACAUUUCAAAUUACAAGGAGAGCCUGUGAACUUGCGGGAGCAACACGAUGCCUGUGAAUUCUACAAUAUUUUGGUCGAGAGCUUAAAUGAAGCGCUCAAAGCUCUAGGACAUGACCAAAUAAUGAACAAGAUUCUUGGUGGUUCCUAUUCUGACCAGAAGAUCUGCAAGACUUGUCCUCACAGGUACUCGAGAGAGGAAACUUUUACUGUCAUCAGUAUAGACAUCCGGAACUACAGCAACCUUUACGAUUCCCUAGAGCAGUACGUGAAGGGCGAUCUCUUGGAGGGGGAUAAUGCGUAUCUCUGUGAAAAGUGUGACAAAAAGGUAGACACGGUUAAGCGAAUAUGCUUGAAGAAGCUUCCACCAAUUAUGGCAAUACAGCUGAAGAGAUUUGACUAUGACUGGGAAAGAGAGUGCUCAAUUAAAUUCAACGACUACUUUGAAUUUCCCCGAGAGUUAGAUAUGGACCCUUAUACAGUUGCUGGAUUGGCAAGAAAUGGGGAGCUAAUAGAUUAUGACCCAGAGGAUAUGAAGACUGUAGUAUGCAGCAAGUACAAGUUGACUGGCAUCGUAGUUCACAGUGGCCAGGCCAGCGGUGGCCACUAUUACUCUUAUAUUCUACACAGGAAUGGAAAUGAUCAGCGGUGGUACAAGUUUGAUGAUGGAGAAGUAAGUGAAUGCAAAAUGGAUGAUGAAGAUGAAAUGAAAAAUCAGUGUUUUGGAGGAGAAUAUAUGGGCGAGCAAGUUUUUGACAACAUCAUGAAGAGAGUGAGCUAUCGACGACAGAAGCGUUGGUGGAACGCCUACCUACUCUUCUACACCCGGCUAGAUGUCGAGGAGGAUAAUCUCAGUAACUCGAUGAGUGAACUUACUUUAGCAGAACGGCCAGGGUUAAUAAAAAUGCCAAGUGCUAUUGACCGUUCGGUAGUACGGCAAAAUGUGCGAUUCAUGCACUCCCGCUCCCAGUUCUCUCCAGAGUACUUUCAGUUCCUCAAGAAGCUUAUAAUGACAAAUCAUACCUUUGUCCUCCAACCCCCACAAGAUCGGGUUGCAGAAAGUGAGGAGAUUGCCAUGAUCAGUACUCAGCUGUGCAGCAAGUUCCUCUUCUCAGUAGGUCUACAUACUAAAAAGACUUUGCGGGGCCCAGCACCGGAGUGGUACGAUGCGCUACAGGUCCAUUUAAGGGCAUCAGUCCAUACACGCGCGUGGUUUGCACAGCAUGUAUUAUUUACUCAGCCACACCGCUUUAUGGAAUAUCUACUAGAAUGCCCUGCACCUGAAGUUCGGAUGGUAUUUAGCAAGCUAAUAGUCUUGGUGGGUCAUUGUGCUCGUAAUGACCCACCUCAGCCAUUAGGAUGGGGACCUUUGAAGCAUCAUCCAGGACUUGAUAUAAGUGGUGGUGGGUGCACUCUGAGCGAUCAGUUGGUUGUGGCCGUGUUGCUGCUGCUCAACAAAGAAGUGUCAGAACAUGGUCGACACCUAACGCAGUACUUCCAUCUCUUCCAUCUCUAUGCCUCGUUGGGGCCUCCAGAAAAAUUACAACUGCUGAAGCUAAAUGUGGUAGAAAUGUUUAUGUUGGUGGCACUGGACGAGGGGCCCGGUCCAGCCAUCAAGUACCAGUACGCAGAGUUGGGGCGGUUGUAUCAGGUGGUUUCACAGUUGAUAAGAUCGUGUGACGUUUCUCAAAAGCAACAGUCUUCUCAACAAAAUACAACACCUCUUCCUAACCCCCAUGGAGACACGUCGUGCCCUGAACCACUAAUGCCUAUCCAACCAAAAGUAGCAGAGAUCCUUUAUGGCCGAGCAACAUAUGUCAAGAAGAUCAUUGAGGAUGCAAAUAAUUCUGAAGAUACAGUUAAAUUACUCAAAUUUUGUUGUUGGGAAAACCCUCUCUUCUCUUCAACUGUGCUAUCAGAACUACUUUGGCAGAUUGCAUAUUCCUACACAUAUGAACUGCGACCAUACCUUGACCUUCUUUUGCACAUGCUAUUGCUCGACGACUCCUGGCAGAAUCAUCGAAUUCACAAUGCACUUAAAGGAAUUCCUGAUGACCGCGAGGGCUUAUUUGAUACAAUCCAGCGAAGUAAAAACCACUACCAGAAACGAGCGUAUCAGUGUAUAAAAUGUAUGGUAGCACUCUUCACUUCUUGUUUGGCUGCUCAACAGAUGUUACACUCCAAUGGUGAUCUAAAGCGCAAGUGGACCUGGGCUGUGGAUUGGCUGAAUGACGAGUUGGAUAGACGUCCGUAUGCGGCCAACCAACAGUAUGGGUUCAACAAUUGGUCUCCGCCGGCACAGAGCAAUGAAACGAGUAAUGGUUACUUCUUGGAGCGUUCACCGAGUGCACGGUCGACUUUGGAAAAAGCUUACGAGUUGUGUCCUGAAGAUGAACCUGAACCAGAAGAAUGUGAAGAAGCAGAAGUUGCUGUUCCAGAAGAAGUGGCUCCUCUUCCUCCUGGAUCUGAACCAGGGCAGCCACAGCAACCACAGCCACAGCAGCAGCAGCCAGGGUUACAAACGCAGCCGCCACAACAGCAACCACAACAGCAGCCACAACAGCAAGCCCCACAGCAGCCACAACAGCAAAAAUUACCACCUACCUCAGGACCACAACCUUCUAGUUCACAACUAAAUUUUACAACUAAAGAUUCUCCAGCAAGCAGCCAGAAUAGAAGCCAUAGUGGUGGAUCAGUAACAGUUAGCAGCAGUAGUGGGAGCAGCAGUGGGAACACAGAGGCCAGUACUGCUCUUAACUCCCCCACCACCAUUCCAACUACAGCCACCACAGCCACUACCUGCCUAGUAGGUACACCAAGUACUAGUACCACAAUGGCUGUCAAUGCUACCAGUACGCCAGGAGGACCACAAUCUACCAUCACCAAUGCCAACAUUACCAGCACGAGUAGUAGCAGCAGUACUUGUAGCACCAUCAACAGUAGCACCAGCAGUACAGGUGGCCCAAAUAAGACCACGCCAUCCCCUCAAUUAACUCCAAAUUCCCAGCCCUCAGUGCAGGACAGUACCCAGGAAAACUAAUUUUAUUUACAGAUGCAACUGACUUUAAAUUGAAAAUAAAUUAUAUUAGAAUGUUAAUUGAAUUUAUACACAUUGGGAGCUUCUGAAAUAAAAGCAAUUUUUGUUUUUGGAAAACUCACAGAAAGGUCACAGAGGUGUCAUUGCAAGAAAUAACGAGCAAUGAGAAAUGUGUGGAUUCUCACGAGUACCUUUACAGAAUCUGUACAAGGAUAAUCCACUGCAUUAUUCAGAUAUUUUUUAGUGGUGGAUGCCAUAAUGGCUUGAAGUGGAUGUUCUGCUAUUUAUAAUGAAAAAUAUAUAUAUAUGAUUGUAAAUAAGAGUGGCAGUGAUUUGUAUUGCUGUGAGAAGAAUGUUCCUUCUGCUCAAAGUGAAUGUUGGGACCCUCCAUAUUCUUCAUGUGACUGGUGACCACACAUUCACAGCAGAACUUUGAUGUGGAAAGUCAGUCGUGAAUGUCACCAUGGAUUAUGUGGAAACUACCAAGUAAGGCAAGUAUGAGUGAACUGUGGAGGGUGGGAAACAAAAGAAACCAUGUACCUACUGGCAAUUAUGGAAUUCAAAUACCUACAUUGUUGCACCCUGAUUUCUGUAGCAAGUGGCUUUUAAAAUUCAGUCCUUGAAAUUCUUUUUUCAGAAACUAAAAAGUCUAUGUGUUGUAUUCUUAAAAAUUUUGCCCCUUUUUUUCUGAGUAAUGUCCUAAAAAAAAAAAAUACACUUCCAAUGAUGUGCUUAAUUCAGUAUUUACUUAACAAGUUUUAACGUGUAUGUACUGAUGACUGCACAAGUGACUAGUCAAGCAGUGAGUAGCAGAAGCUCCUGAACCAGUCUGCUCUUUUGUCUCGGCCUUUAUAGGCAACACCUGCUUGCUGAACAUUAACAUAUGGUAAUGCAUUCAGGUGUUGUAGAACCACACAUGGGCCAUUUAUUAAAAAAAAAAAGCACGGUGGCACCUCUAAGCCAAGUGCCAAGAAAAUGUGAGCCACCUUGAAGAUGGAGCAGCACAGUGAGCCUUCGUGUACAUCGUCUGCUGUUGCAAUGUGCAAUGUUUUAAGAACCAGUCUCACUAGUUUAGUGAAUUUUUUGUAGUGGGAUUGAGGCAGUGCCUGUGAAAUGAAAUACCAGUUAUCCAUGAACAAAAUAUUUUAGGAACAGUGAGGCUCAAAGCUUGAAUUCCAUAGUUAAAUUUUGUGGUAUGUUUGGAUUCUGGCAAACACUGGCAUGGAAUUUGUUUACUGCUAUUGAUGCCAUGGUUUGGAAAAUGAGCUGUGUAAGAAUCCAUAUCCUAGAUACAUUUGAUACUCCAACAUUAUCUACAAUUGAAUAUUACUCUUUGCUGACCAGCGUUUUAAGUCACAUCCUGCACCAGUUGCCCGAGCAUCUUUUUUGUUUAGCCCGGGAGUAAUGCGACUCUUGUAUCAUUGUGAGUAGUUAGCUUGUUACAACUUUUUUGGCGAGUCAAACAUUUUGACUACAUUUCUUUGAUACCAGCACACGAGAAAUGCAUCAAGGAUUUGGCUUCGCUAAAGGUUGUAAUGGUGCCGAAGCUCACAAUUCCUGCUUGUUGUCUGUGAGCCAAGACAUGUGCUGCUGCUGCCCAGGUGUAACCACCUUUUGUGACUAUAGAUUUUUUUGUAUGGAAACUUUUGUUAGUUCCCCUGUUUCUAUUAAUGAUAAAGCAGUUUGGAGUGGAACUAGUGGUAGCAGUCAAUCACCAUCUUAGGAGCUGAUCCAGCCUCAUGCAUCUGCUUGUUACUGUCUUGUUUGCCUACUAAUGUAUUAUAGGUUUCCCACACAGAUGCCUUUUUUGUUUUAAGGACCUCAAGUUUGAAUACUGAAAAAAAUGCUAUUGGGAAGUGUGUGGUUGUUCUGUAAAUUCAAAAACUUAUAUAUUACAUACAUUUAAUAUUUGAAUGACAGUAGGUGGGGGUUUAUCAAUUGGUUAUAUUUUUUCAUUAUACAUUUGCUGCCACCAACUGUGAUUAUAUGAAAAUUGUGAAGACAUGUAAACAGUGUAUGAUGUAGUAUUUUCAUGUUACUACCUUGUCAUUAAUUGUAAAGCACCAGAGAAUACUUGUAUAUCACUGUAUAAGAUAUAAUUUAAUUGAAACUAAGCACUUUUUUAUUGAAAUCAUUUAACAGAUUUAUUUUUAUGCCAAUACCCUUUUUUCUUCAACAUUAUGCUUUUGUGUCUAAAAUAAAACCAGUGCUUAUUUUUCUCUUUCAUUUGUGUUAGGAUUCACAUUAAUUUAUUACUGUAUGGCUGAUUAUGCUAAAAUAUAACUUAAAGAUUUUACCAGGUUUUUCCCAACUUCCAAAGCACAUUAUUUAUUAGUUCAUUGCAGUAUUUACGUCUCAAAUAUUCAUAUGUAAGUGCAUCCAAUCUUUAUUAAUCAAGUUUCAAUAUAUAUAUUUUUUUUUUUUCCAUGUGCUAGAUUUUUUUUUUUAUUACAUCACAAACAUGAAGCUGCAGUACAGACUGUUUCAGAACCUGAGUAUUGCUUCCCAUCUGCAUGGUCUUGGUGCUUAUUUUGUACUAAUAAGCUCUCCUUAAAAUCAGAUGUAAAGCUAAAGUAAUUCAUUUGCAAUAUAACUGAAUAAAUAACAAUAUACUAAG